AUAAUUAAAAAAAAUACAAAAUAGAUAAUCUUUGUUUCUUCCAUCUUAUUUUUGUUCAUCUCUUUCUCUAUAUUUUCUACCCCUCCUUUCACAUACUCAAACAAAGACCUUCUUUUAUUCAUUCUUUCUCUCUUGUUCUCUCCCAUACAGUUUCUUUGCUGCAAGAAAAAUAUUUUCUACUCGGAAACUGUGACAAUGAAAGGCAAAAAUAACAAAAGCAUUUCCAUUUUCUUUGUUGUUUUCUCCCUAUUCCUCUUUGGUGUCUUCAUGUACAAUGAAGACGUUAAGUCAAUAGCGGAGUUUUCAUUCUCGAGUAUCAAAUACAAAACUCAAGAAAUCCAAGAAGAAAAAUCUGAACCAGACAAUUCUGUUCAAAGAGAUGGCAAAAACUCUGAGGUUAAGGAUUCUGAGGAAAUCCAAGAACCGGUUAAUUUGAAAGACGUUGUGUUAACGAAGAAAAACGAAGGUGAAGAAGAAAAAGAAGAGAAGAUUGUGUUACCUCAAGAAGAUUGUGAUUUGUUUACAGGGAAAUGGGUUCUUGAUAAUGUGACACAUCCUUUAUACAAAGAAGAACAAUGUGAAUUUCUUACUUCACAAGUUACAUGCAUGAAGAAUGGAAGAAGUGAUUCUUUGUAUCAGAAUUGGAGGUGGCAGCCAAGAGAUUGUUCUUUACCGAAGUUCAAACCAAGAGUUCUACUUGAGAAGCUUAGAGGGAAGAGGCUUAUGUUUGUUGGAGACUCAUUGAAUAGGAACCAAUGGGAAUCAAUGAUUUGUUUGGUUCAAUCUGUUAUUCCUCAAAGCAAAAAGAGCUUGAACAAAACUGGUUCUCUCUCUAUUUUCAGAAUUGAGGACUACAAUGCUACUGUGGAAUUCUACUGGUCACCAUUCCUUGUAGAGUCAAAUUCAGAUGAUCCAAAGUUGCACAGUAUAUUGAACCGUAUAAUCAUGCCUGAAUCAAUUGAAAAGCAUGGUGUGCAUUGGAAAAAUGUGGACUACCUUAUUUUUAACACAUACAUAUGGUGGAUGAAUACUGGCACGAUGAAAGUCCUGCGAGGGUCGUUUGAUGAAGGAUCCAAGGAGUACGAUGAAGUCCCUAGACCGAUAGCAUAUAGGAGAGUCCUUGAGACAUGGUCAAGAUUUGUAGAUAAUAACAUUGAUCCAAAUCGCACCAAAGUUUUCUUCAACAGCAUGUCCCCUCUUCAUAUCAAGAGCGAGGAUUGGAACAAUCCAAAUGGAAUAAAAUGUGCAAAGGAAACUACACCAAUUCUCAACAUGUCUACUCCAGUACAAGUAGGCACAGAUCAUCGUCUUUUUGUCAUUGCUAAAAAUGUGACAAAAUCAACAAAAGUGAAAGUGGAUUUUAUAUACAUCACCAAAUUAUCAGAAUAUAGAAAAGAUGCACAUACUUCUGUUUACACAAUACGUCAAGGCAAAGUGUUAACUCCAGAGCAACAAGCUAACCCUGCUACUUAUGCAGAUUGUAUCCAUUGGUGUUUACCAGGGUUACCUGAUACAUGGAAUGAGUUGCUUUAUACACGUAUCGUCUCUCUUUCUUGACCAACAAGGCAACCAUGAAUAGAUAUAUUCGUGACACUUUUUUUGUUACUUUGUUUUUUUCUUCUCUGUUUUAGCUUUUGUUAGUUUUGUCUAUGUAAUUCUUGUAACUUUUUCUUUGGAAUUUUUAUUUUUAGCUUUCUGUUUUUGUUUUGCUGAGCUCUAAAGUAGAGCAAGCACCUCAAUUGUACAAUGAAUGCAGAAUGCAUCAAAAAGAAAAUAAGGUAAUUUACACAUUGUAAGUGACUGAACAUUGGCGCAAUAAUAUUUUUCUUAAGAGCUUGGUUGAA